UCAAUAACAGCUGGUCUAAUAUUAAAGAAGUCUCGAGGUAUUGCCUGCCUGAGGUAGAGCACCUAAUGAUAAGCUAUAGACCACACUAUCUACAUUAUUCAUAGCCGUCUAUUUACCACCACAGACCGAUGCUGGCACUAAGAACGCACUCAACCAACUCUAUAAGGCCAUAAGCAAACAAGAAAACGCUCAUCCAGAAGCGGCGCUCCUACUGGCCGGGGACUUUAAUGCAGGCAAACUUAAAUCAGUUUUACCAAAUUUUACCAGCAUGUCACAUGUGCAACCAGAGGAAAACAAUCUCUAGACCACCUUUACUCCACUCACAGAGAUGCAUACAAAGCUCUCCCCGGCCCUCCAUUUGGCAAAUCCGACCUUAAUUCUAUCCUCCUGAUUCUUGCUUACAAGCAAAAACUAAAGCAGAAAGCACCAUUGACUCGCUCAAUUCGUAAGUGGCCAGAUGAUGCGGAUGCUACGCUACAGGACUGUUUUGCUAGCACAGACUGGAAUAUGUUCAAGGAUUCAUCCAAUGGCAUUGAGGAGUAUACCACCUCAGUCAUUGGCUUCAUUGGUAAGUGCAUCGAUGACGUCGUCUCCACAGUGACCGUGCGUACAUAUCCCAACCAGAAGUCAUGGAUUACAGGCAACAUUGAGCUAAAGGCCAGAGCUGCCGCUUUCAUGGAGCGGGACACUAAUCGUGACGCCUAUAAGACGAACUACCAAACAAGCAAAGUGUCAAUACAGGAGUAAGAUUGAUUCCUACUACACCGGCUCUGACGCUCGUCGGAUAUGGCAAGGUUUGAAAACCAUGACAGACUACAAAGGGAAACCCAGACACGAGCUGCCCAGUGACACGAGCCUACCAGAUGAACUAAAUGUAUUUUAUGCUCACUUCGAGGCAAGCAACACUGAAGCAUGCACAAGAGCACCAGCUGUUCUUGAUGGCCAGAUUAUUUACCAGGACGUGUACUCAAAGCAUACGCAGACCAACUGGCAAGUGUCUUCACUGACAUUUUCAACCUCUCCCUGACUGAGUCUGUAAUACCAAAAUGUUUCAAGCAGACCACCAUAGUCCCUGUGCCCAAGGAAGUGAAGGUAACACACCUAAAUGAUUACCUCCCCAUAGUACACACGCCGGAAGCCGUGAAGUGCUUUGAAAGAUCAUGGCACCCUAGACCCACUCCAAUUCUCAUACCGCCCCAACUGAUCCACAGAUGACGCAAUCUCAAUCACACUCUAUACUGCCCUUUCACACCUGGACAAAAUAAACAUGUAUGUGAGAAUGCUGUUCAUUGACGACAGCUCAGCAUUCAACACCAUAGUGCCCACGAAGCUUAUCACUAAACUAAGGACCCUGGGACUAAACACCUCCCUCUGCAACUAGAUCCUAGAGGCAACAACUUGUCUGCCACACUGAUCCUCAACACUGGGGCCCCUCAGGGCUGUGUACUUAGUCCCCUCCUGUACUGGACCACGACUGCGUGGCCAAACACGACUCCAACACCAUCAUUAAGUUUGCUGACGACACAACAGUGGUAACGAUGAGACAGCCUGUAGGGAGGAGGUCAGAGAACUGGUAGUUUGGUGACAGGACAACAACCUCUCCCUCAAUGUGAGCAAGACAAAGGAGCUGAUCGUGGACUACAAGAAAAGGAACAGGAACCCAUUAACAUCAACGAGGCUGUAGUGGAGUGGGUCCACAUCCCCAACAAUCUAUCAUGGUCCAAACACACCAAGACAGUCGUGAAGAGGGCACGACAAAACCUUUUCCCCCUCAGGAGACUGACAGGAUUUGUCAAAAAGUUCUUCAGCUGCACCAUCGAGAGAAUCCUGACUGGUUGCAUCACCACCUGGUAUGGCAACCCCUCGACAUCUGACCGUAAGGCGCUACAGAGGGUAGUGCGUACGGCCCAGUACAUCACUGGGGCCAAGCUUGCAAUAAUAGGUGGUGUAAGAGGAAUGCCCAUAAAAUUGUAAGACUCCAGUCACCCAAGUCAUAGACCGUUUUCUCUGCUACCGCACGUCAAGCACUACCGGAGCGCCAAAUCUAGGACCAAAAGGCUCCUUAAAAGCUUAUACCCCAAAGCCAUAAGACUGCUGAACAAUUAAUCAAAUACCCCCUGCAUAUAGCCUCGUUAUUGUUAUGUGAUUGUGUUACUUUUCAUAACUUUUAACUUUAGUUUAUUUGGUAAAUAUUUUCUUAACUCUUCUUGAACUGCACUGUUGGUUAAGUAAAAGUUUCACGGUAAGGACAACACUUGUGGUAUUUCUGCCCGUGUAACACAUAAAGUUAGAUUUGAUUUGAUUUGAUACCUGCAUAUGACUGCUGUAGGUUAUCUAUUCAUCUUCCCUGUAUGAGUGUAUGGGAUGUGCCAGUCUACCAUGAUCUAUAUCUAAAUUCAGAUGCCAUCUGACUCGUAUAUAGAGGGUUGUGACAUGGCUUGUGGUUCCCUUCUGUCCCGGUAGAUGUAUUUAUAUGGGCUUCAUGUGUGUACAGCAUGUACGGAUGGUGUAAAUAUGAGUACUGGAUGGCUAAGAUGACAAGUGGAGAACUCCCGCUCUGCCUCUUUAACUUCCCUUACACAAACCAGCACAUUACUACCCCGCCCCUUUCUUUCCCCCUCCCCUCGUCUUACCUCCCACCUUUUCUUCACUCACACCCCCCUCCCUCUCUCUCUUUGUGUUCUUGAAUUACGUCCAUUAUUCCUGCUCUUACUCUGAGUCCUUGUGCUUCCUCUGUUCCUCUGUAUAGUGGAGAGAGUGUAUGGUGGAGUUGUAUGCUUUCCUGAGUGGACCGAAGUGCUUGCUAUAGCAGCUGACUGGUAUACUGACUCUGUCUUCAUUUCACCUCCUCACCCACCAGCCCUGUCUGCUUUGACUAACUGACUCACUGGAUUUCCCCCAGAUGUGAUGCUCCUUCCUGUCUUGUAUUGUUCCCCCCUGAGGCUGUACACCUAGUGUUUCAGAGAGGACUCUACCUUUACUGCUCUGUGGAUUCUACUAAAGGAUUUUUAUCCUACCUCUGGGGUUUGUGUAGUUUUAGUGCAGUAUGUCAGACAAAGUGAGCGUGGGGGUAUGUGUAAAUGUGUGUGAAGAUGUGUAUGUAGCUGCUAUGUGUGAGUGAGUCAAUUAGUGUGUAAAAGUGUGUGUGCAUCUCGAGGAACAAAAGGAAAAUAAGAGUUUUUGUUCCUGGAAUAGAUAGUUGGAAUAGAUAGAUGGAUACCUUGUUGGACAGUAAUAGUGUUGAGGAGGUAUCCAUGGGACACUUUGCGCUUCGGACCAUGACUGGGUCAGGUGGACACUGAGAGGGAACGCUGUUGCCUUGGAUGCAGAAGGAGAGGUUCCAGUGACACUGUGAGAAGCUUCUUCAGUCCCAUCAGAGCUGAGAGGUGUACGGUACAGCAGACGCAGAACAGGGAACGCCACACUACACAGGAAGGCUGAGAACCGAUUGGAGAGGAGCGUGACGACAACAUCCCAACCCAUUCCAACGCUAGCCGUGCCAGGCUACUGCCAACCCCAGGACGCCAUGAUGACCGUAAUGAUGAUGAUGGCGAUGAUGGUGACAUGUAGCUCCCUGCUCCUCUUGGGGCUCAAGGCCUCCCAGGUCUCGUCCAGCGGAAUCCCCAAGACCAGCGACUCCUCUUCACCCUCCUCGUCCUCCUCACAACCAUUCUCCUCCUCCUCCCCUCGCAUGAAGCUCUCCUACAAAGAGCUGCAGCAGUUCCAUGGCGUGCGGCGGUUCGAGCUGGAGCGCUCGUGCUGUUUCAGCGCUCUUUUAUUGGAUGAGGAGAGAGGACGGCUGUUUGUGGGCGCACGCAACUUCCUCUUGUCACUCAGCCUGGAUAACAUCGCCAAGCAGGAGCACAAGAUCUACUGGCCAGCCCCGGUGGACUGGAGGGAGGAGUGUAACUGGGCAGGAAAGGACAUCAAUACAGACUGUGUGAACUAUGUGAAGAUAGUGCACCACUACAACCGCACCCACCUAUAUGCCUGUGGAACCGGGGCCUUCCACCCCACCUGCGCCUUCGUAGAGGUGGGACAGAAGAUGGAGGACUAUGUGUUCAGGAUUGACCUGUCCAAGGUGGAGGAUGGGAAAGGGAAAAGUCCAUAUGACCCCCGUCACCCUGCAGCCUCAGUACUGAUAGGUGAUGAGCUGUAUGCGGGUGUGGCCACAGACCUCAUGGGUCGAGACUUCACCAUCUUCCGCAGUCUGGGGGGACGACCAUCCAUCCGCACUGAACAACACGACUCACGCUGGCUCAACGAGCCUAAGUUUGUGGGUUCGUUCUGGGUGCCAGAGAGUGAGAACCCAGACGAUGAUAAGAUCUUCUUCUUCUUCCGGGAGACGGCGGUGGAGGCUCAGGGUCUGGGGAAGUCCACCUACUCCCGCAUCGGUCAGCUCUGCAGGAAUGAUAUGGGUGGCCAGCGUAGUCUGGUCAAUAAGUGGACCACCUUCCUGAAGACUCGUCUCAUCUGUUCUGUGCCAGGCAGUGACGGCAGUGACACCUACUUUGAUGAGCUCCGGGACGUAUUCCUGCUGCAGACCAGGGACAGGAAGAACCCUCUGGUCUACACCGUCUUCUCUACCUCUAGCAGUGUAUUCAAGGGAUCAGCUGUGUGUAUCUACACCAUGAAUGACAUCCGCAGGGCCUUCCUGGGGCCCUUCGCCCACAAAGAGGGGCCAAACUAUCAGUGGGUCCCCUUCCAGGGCAAAGUCCCCUACCCACGCCCUGGCAUGUGCCCCAGCAAGACGUUCGGCAGUUUCGAGUCCACCAAGGGUUUCCCUGACGACGUGAUCCAGUUUGCGCGUCACCACCCUCUGAUGUUUAACCCUGUAUACCCCCUGAACCGCCGGCCAGUCUUCCUGAGGAGCAACGUAGACUACAGCUUCACCCAGAUCGCUGUGGACCGGGUGGGCGCCGCCGACGGGCAGUAUGACGUCAUGUUCAUUGGCACAGACAAAGGGACCGUGCUGAAGGUGAUCUCUGUACCUAAAGAGAGCUGGAAGAACAUGGAGGACCUGCUACUGGAAGAGCUAGAGGUGUUCAAGGAUGCCUCAUCCAUCAUUAACAUGCAGAUCUCCUCAAAGCGGCAACAGCUGUAUGUGGGUUCAGACACGGGUCUGGCCCAGGUUCCUCUGCAUCGCUGCAGUGUCUAUGGGAAAGCCUGUGCUGAGUGCUGCCUGGCCAGAGACCCAUACUGCGCCUGGGACGGCACAUCUUGCACCCGCUACCUUCCCAACACCAAACGGCGUUUCCGUCGUCAGGACGUGAGGAAUGGAGACCCCAACACGCUGUGUUCAGGAGACCACCACAAGCACCGCGUGGCAGAGAGGAGGCUGUUUGGGGUGGAGGGGAGCAGUACCUUCCUGGAGUGUAUCCCCAAAUCCCUGCAGGCCAGAGUGACCUGGACCUUCCAGAAACACCCCCACAACCCCAGGGAAGAGCUGCGUCUAGAUGACCGUGUGCUGCACACAGAGCGGGGACUGUUGGUGAGGAGGGUACUGAAACGUGACACGGGCCUCUACCAGUGCCACGCCAUGGAGCACGGCUUCACCCAGACCCUACUGGACAUCACACUGGAGGUAGUACCCUCCUCUUCCUCCUCCCCCUCUCCACCCGCUGACUCUCUCCUCCGAUUGGACCCCCGUAGCGGCGGCCCACCCUCCACCAGUCAGAAGAUGUGGUACCGGGACUUCAUGCAGCUGGUGGACCACCCCAAUCUUAGCACCGUGGACCAGAUCUGCGAGCAGGUCUGGGCGCGCAAGAAUGCCCAAUCGGGAAAGAGCUUCCCGGCUUCUCCUGCCAAACAGGCCCCGCCCCUCGGCCCUGUGGUCCAGACCCCUAACAAGAAGUGGAAGCAUCUUCAGGACAUCCGCAAGGGGAGGAACCGCCGAACCCACGACGGGAAGCCCUCCCCACGAGCACCGCGAAGCGCAGGGGAGUAACAACAGUCAGAGAGAGGAGAAGGAGAGGGACUGAUACAGACAGAGUUUAGGUAGAGAGAAAAAAAGAGGAGGAAAAGAGAGGGACAGAGACUGAUAGAGACCAAGGACUUAUGGAGGGGGUCAACCACACACACACAGCACCUCCUUCUUUGUGAAUAUUUACCUUCCGACACCCCACUAUCUACUGCCCCAUGAUGCUUCACUCUUCCCUGACACCUGACCCCUGACUACCACCCCUUGCUUGUAUUGCCUCCUAUUAAUACCCCAUCCUAAUUCUAUCUGCCCCAGCUGUCAGUCACUUUGUAUGCACUCUGCUGGAGAGCUUCUGAUAGAGACCUCACCACAGCAGAAUAAACUGAACAGACAGCCAGACAGACAGACAGCCAGACAGACAGACAGACAGACAGACAGCCAGACAGACAGCCUGACAAGUUAAAGGAUGGCUCAGUGUGUGUAACUCAAUCUCUCAACGGAAAUACAACUGGCUCGUAACUGGAAUAUCAGAACAGAAACAGACAUACACACAUUUACAACCCAUGAUGACAAUGAAUUUGAUGAUGAUGUGGAUGACAAAUUGUGAGAUGGACAAAAACAAUGGGAUCAAGACAGAAUACAUAUAACUCCAAAUGCAGAUUGAUCCACGUAGAUAUAAUCACAUUUCACGUGUUUUAUAUGCAAAGAUAACAUAAUGUAGACGUGUGCUUUGUGGUAGAGCUAGGCUUUGAUAUACUUCUUAGCAUUUGGGUCCAAACAACUACAGAUUAGAGAAGGCACUGUACUGUCAUUCCAGUGUAUAUAGAGUACUCACAAUGAGGGUAGAUUCUGAAGCAGAGAGUGUACAGGAUCAAUAGAAUGGUUCUAUUGUGAUUUUGUUUUUCAAAAUGGCUGACAAGGUAGAGCAAGUGGAAGAUAUUCUACAUAUAUGUUCAUGGGGUGACGAGAAAUAUGUCUUGUGUUUUAUUUAGUCUUUUAUUUAAAUGACCUGUGUGUAUUUUCUUAUUGUAAUGACUUGUGUUGUGUGCUGACACAAUGACAUGUGGGAGUUGAGAUGGUACUAGUGACAGACUGCACAACAUCAAUGUGUAGGUGGGAUUGCAAGGCCUUGUGAAAGAAUAGUAGACUUUAAAUACGACAUCCCAUCUUUGGGCUAAAAGCAUGAUAUUUAUGUGUGAAAACAUCUUGAUUCUCAUUCUAAAUGGUACCUACUUUGUUAUUUUACACUGUUUAUGUAGAUGUGUGUGUGUGUGUGUGUGUGUGUGUGUGUGUGUGUGUGUGUGUGUGUGUGUGUGUGUGUGUGUGUGUGUGUGUGUGUGUGUGUGCGUGCGUGCGUGCGUGCGUGCGUGCGUGCGUGCGUGCGUGCGUGCGUGUUGGCAAGAGAGCUGAAGAGUGUUUCUGGUCAAUUCCCUGCUAUGUAAUAUGUUCAUUAUAUCAUAAACACAUACAGACAAAUAUCACCACUGAGGUGCCAAGAAUUGCAAAAAAUGACAGUUUUGUCUGAAUUCAAGGACAAUAAUCAGGUACAAUAAAACAAAAUGAUAAUGUACAGACAUUAUAAGAACUCCAUCCUUGCUGCUUUUUCUGUAGGCCCGUCUCUGUGUGUCAAUUACACAGGAUACCGUUGCUGCCUUGUGUUCAGCAAAACCUGUUUGUCCUCUGUGAAGUGGUGUGAGAAGAGCGCAACCUAGUGAUUUUUCCGUGUACAGACCUGGCCUGGUCCAAGGACUUUCUGUGGUGAUUCAAUAUACUGACAUAUAGUCUGUUGUGAAAGACAAGUGGCUUUGUAAAAUAAAACAUGCUUUUACUUUUUCCCUUGUCCCAGUGGAAUCUACGAGAGCGUUUAGAUGUAUUAAAUCCUGUCUGUUAUUUAUACCUGCUUUAUAAAGAUGUCAUUAUUAACUCUUGAAUGAUUGAGGAAAAUAAGUUAAGUGGACUGUAGUUUUGUGCUCUUUAAUUGCAUGACCAAUGUUAGUGGCUACAUAUGGACAUUGGAGACUUUGGCUGCCUCCCUAAAUGGCACCCUAUUCCCUAAAGUGCACUGCUUUUGACCAAUGCCUACAGGGUUCUGGUCAAAAGCAGUGCACUAUGUAGGGAAUAGGGUGCCAUUUGGGACAUACUGUUUGAGAUAGCCCAAAGGUCUGCAGAUGGCGAUAUUGAGUCAUUUCAUCUUACCGUCCAAAUGGAAUGGAAUGCAGCCGGCUGUACACUCAUGUCCCACGUCGACCUGUUCGUACAUAAAACAUUCUCCAUUCAGGCUACACAUGUAUACAUUUCAUCCUUAACUUGAUUUAAUGGUGAGAAAGCAGAUACAAAUGGGGAAAAUAUGCAUACUUUAUGAAACACCAUUUUCCACCACCAUGCUACAGUAGCUAAUGCUAGUCCUGGAUGAUGCAUAUCGUGUUCAGCCAAUCAGGUUGCAGCAAUACGCAACAUCCAAAUAUAAAAUAAAAUAAAAUUGUAUUGGUCACAUAAACAUAUUUAGCAGAUGUUAUUGUGGGUGUAGCUAAAUGCUUGUGUUCCUAGCUCCAACAGUGCAUUAGUAUCUAACUAAAUGCUAGUGUUCCUAGCUCCAACAGUGCAUUAGUAUCUAACUAAAUGCUAGUGUUCCUAGCUCCAACAGUGCAUUAGUAUCUAACUAAAUGCUUGUGUUCCUAGCUCCAACAGUGCAUUAGUAUCUAACUAAAUGCCUGUGUUCCUAGCUCCAACAGUGCAUUAGUAUCUAACUAAAUGCUAGUGUUCCUAGCUCCAACAGUGCAUUAGUAUCUAACUAAAUGCUUGUGUUCCUAGCUCCAACAGUGCAGUAGUAUCUAACUAAAUGCUUGUGUUCCUAGCUCCAACAGUGCAUUAGUAUCUAACUAAAUGCUUGUGUUCCUAGCUCCAACAGUGCAUUAGUAUCUAACUAAAUGCUAGUGUUCCUAGCUCCAACAGUGCAUUAGUAUCUAACUAAAUGCUAGUGUUCCUAGCUCCAACAGUGCAGUAGUAUCUAACUAAAUGCUAGUGUUCCUAGCUCCAACAGUGCAGUAGUAUCUCACAAUUCACAACAAUACACACAAAUCUAAAAGGAAAAUAAUGGAAUUAAGUAAUAUAUAAAUAUUAGUACUAAUAUUUAGCUACUCUACCAUGAUGGUGGAAAAUAGUGUUUCAUAGUGAAAGUACGCAUAUUUUCCCUGUUUUUUCUCUCUACCUUCUCGCAAUUAAAUUGGGUUAAGGAGAAAAUGGACGCCUUAGCAGCCUGAAUGGAGAAUGUUUUAUGUACGAUCCGGUCCAGGGGGAUGGGAGUGUGUGCAUUCCCUUUGGAUGGUAGGAUGAAACGACUCAAUAUCACCAUGUGCCGGCCUUUGGGCUACUUCUGAGAAGUGCGACUGAGUUGAGAAAGCACAAUGUCAAUAUGGUUAUGCCAUGUAUUUAUGUGUGCAGAUAAGCUAAUAUGAUGUGGAGGAUUUUUUUGUUUUCUUGUAGAGACUAAGGGCUCUAUUCAAUCUGUAUUGCUGAAACGGUAGAGUUUGCACACUAGAAAUGUUAAGGCAGUUGCCUUGAAAUUUCAAUCACGCUGUAACGCUGAACUUCUGUGAUACGGAUUGAAUAGAGCGCUUAUAUUUGUACCAUAGGCCUACACAUUCUCCCAAAAAUACCAUCAUUUAAAACAUCUUUCUGUAAAUGUUGAUCUGGUUGUCCAAUCAGCAUCAUUGUUCUUUACACUGCCCUCCAAUCGCUGAUCCUUUCUAUUCCUUGCUAUGUUACGCACCCCAACAUUAUUUCUGAGAGAGAAAGAGUGUGUGUGUCUGUGUGCGUGCGUGCGUGAGUGUUUUGUGUAUAUUUGGGGGAAAGGAGAGCUGAUAUUGGUUAAGGAGGAGAGGUGGUCUGUGAAGACAGUUCAAAGUUCAAGGCCAAAGUUGACAUGGUGCACUGUAUUACUUCCAAAGUCCUAUGUGGAUUGUUAUGUCAGAUUGUUUUUAACACAAUAAAAUACCCAGUUACUUUA